AUGUCAAAUCACAACACCAGGCUGACGGCUGAAAUACACUCAGAUAUCCAACAUCACGGAAACUGCUUCCUCAGACUGGAAUUCGCACUGGGCGCCUUUACGCCGCUCUUAAAGCCCAAGGUGAUGAAUCCGCAAGCAGCCCUCUUGAUGGCCUUCCACGAUGUAGUCCCCCGGCGCCUCUUCUAUGAGCCUAUGUUCUCAUUUAAAGAGGACCCGGUCUUCGUCAAGCAAGGCACGCAGUUCGGUAUCGUUCGCGAGGCAGCCUUGGAGAAGUUUACCAAUGUUCUCAAAUUAUGCAAUCCGCAAUUGCUCGAGGAAAGGAUCCGCAGACCGACGUUCGCAGACUACAACACUUUCUUUGAUGGAUGGGUGACGCAGAAGAAGAUAUUGGAGGUGGCAGCGAGUCAUAGAUCAGGGAUAAAGAAUAACAUACGGUUGUCGAGCAGUGGCCGUACCGUCUAA